CGCCGCUGCUCUGUCCGGGCCGCUAGUCCAGGCAGCGCCUUCGACUCUCCCGGGCCCGCAACGGCAGCGCCGGCGCCGGGGGCGAGACGGGUGCAAUGUCUGAACAAGAGCGUAUGCAGGAAUGCCUGAGGAAAGAAAUAAGGUCACUUCUCAUUUCCACCAAAGAUGGUUUGACCCCGCAGCAGUUGGAAAAGGAGUACCUUUCCAUGGUUGGCAACCAUUUACCACUCCGAAUCCUUGGGUAUCGGUCCACUAUGGAACUCGUGUUGGACAUGCCUGAUGUUGUCAGUGUCUGCCCCUGUGGGGAUGGUACUGUAAUACUGAAAGCCAUUCCAGAUGAAUCCACCAAAGGAAUAGCAAGCUUAGUUGCAAAACAGAGGAGCAGCCAUAAGGUUCGAAACUCCGUGCAGAAGGGAAGGGCCAGUGUUUGCUCUGGGCCAAGCUCUCGUCCGCGAGUACCUUACCGAGGAAGGGUGCCCCCUAUUCUUCCAGCUGUUGUGAAGAGUGAGUUGAAAGACCUUUUGGCAUUUUCUCCUGUUCUCCUCUCUGAUUUUGAAAAGGCGUUUGCCAAGCGAUUUGGACGAUCAUUCCAGUAUGUGCAGUAUGGAUUCCUCUCUAUGUUUGAAGUGCUGAAUGCUGCUUCAGAUGUAAUUUCUGUAGAGCAGACCAGAGGAGGUUCUUUGUUGAUGCUAAAGAAGAGCGUAUCAGAGGAAAAGCAGAGAGGAUGGCCAGCAGGUAAAAUUUUUACCCAGCCUUUUAGAGUGAAAAAACAAGGGUCAUACCCCACAGGCUCCCCAGUAGCAAAGACACGCUUUUCACAACCCACUUCAAACGUGGAACCACCGAAGCAAGUACUGAACGUGGAAAAGGCUUCUAAGUCAAAUGUAGUGGAGACCUCAAGGCUGAAUCACACUGAAAAAUUAAACCAGUUGGAGAACACAUUCAAAUCAGUUAUUGCACAAAUUGGACCUGGAGGGACUAUCAAUCCAGAACUAAAAGAUAAGAUAAAAUUUGUUGUAUCCAAGUUUCCAGAAGGCUUGCUUAUUUCUAAACUGCUUGGAGAGUUUGAGGUACAUUUUAAAGAGCAACUUUCACCAAAAAAGUUGGGCUUCUUAAAUGUAACAGAACUUGUUGGAGCUCUAAGUGACAUUCUCCAUGUUGAGUUCAGGGAAGGAGAACAAGAUUUACUGGUGUUUGAUGCUGAUAUGAAGCCUCUACCACCUGAUGGAGCUGUUUCGUCAGUUAGAAAUUCAUGUCUGGUUCAAUCAGAUAAGAAAACAGAGGCCAAAGCUUGUGUCUCCAGUCCCCCUAGAAAUUCACUGUCUACUGCUGCUGUCAAGGCGACUACAUGGGAUUGCCCUUCAAAAAACCUUGAAGAGCAGAAACAGAAGAUUUGCAAGAAGCCUAAUCUGGUGGUAAAGCCUUUACAGCUGCAAGUAGAAAUUAGCAAAUCACAGCUCAACCUGGCAAUGGCAAAUCAUGAUAUCCCACCAGAUGCUGUGCGGGACAAGAAACUGUGCAGGUUGCCACCGUUAGAUACCAGUACCCUUGUGGGAGUCUUUGUGGAGUACGUCAUCUCUCCUAGUCAAUUCUACAUCCGAAUCUAUAGCAGGGAUUCAUCAGAGAAACUUGAAGACAUGAUGAUUGAAAUGCGGCGCUGUUAUUCUAAUCAGCUGGUUUCUGAUCGAUAUGCCAUGCCAGAAUAUUUUAUCCAACCAGGACAUCUCUGUUGUGUAAAGAUUUCUGAGGAUAAGUGGUGGUAUCGGGUCAUUAUCCAUCGAGUCCUGGGGAAACAGGAAGUUGAAGUGUUCUACCCAGACUUUGGAAACAUCGGAACUGUUCAGAAGUCUGCCCUGAGGUUCCUCAAGUGCUGCUACACAAAGCUUCCAGCUCAGGCUAUCCCUUGUUCUUUGGCUUGGGUGAGACCAGUAGAGGAACAUUGGACAUCGAGAGCUGUUUUGCAGUUCCAGAAGUUGUGUGGCUUGAAGCCAUUAGUGGGGGUAGUGGAUGAAUAUGUAGACGGAAUCCUCAACAUUUUUCUGUGUGAUACAUCCUCAAACGAAGACGUCUAUUUCCAUCAUGUCUUGAGGCUAGAGGGCCAUGCUAUCGUGUGCCGGGAAAAUGUCCCUUCUAAGGGUUUCAGAGAACUCAACCCCUUAGCUUUAUACACUGAGUCCAGCGCGGGGCCGGAGGACGUGGGCUUGACAGACCUGGGUUAUCUUUCCCAGCAGCACUAUUUUCAUGAAGACCGAGAGAUAAGUCCACAGUCAAAAGAGAGUGAACUGUAUACCCUGCAAGAUAUUAAGGAUGAGAAGGCUUUCAGUCGCCUUAAAUCUGAGUCAAAGGAGCCAAAGGAUUCUGAAUUCAGUUCUUUGAAAACCCAAGAUAAGAGCUGUGAAGAAGAUCCAAAGUGGUGCAUCCCCAGGUUAAAGGAUCCAAAGGAAGAAAAUGAGGAUGAGAUCCCCACUGGAAUGCCAUGCCUGGAGUCAGUGACCAUAGAUGAUGAUAUUUGGGAUGAGAACUGGUUGCUUUUGCAGACUAAAAUGGGAAACGGAGGUGAUGCUGUCUCCCACUUAUUUACCUCAGGCCUUGAUGGGAAGAAGCCAUAUCCAUCCUGUAAAGAAAUGCCACCGAAGGAUUGGUGUUUUUCUAUGCCGAAAGAUAUGUGGGAUGAUUCAUGGCAGCCUUCAGGCCUUGUGAAUGGAAUGAAAGUAGAAGUUCAAAAACCAGAAGGACUGGGCGCUCAGGAAAACAGUACAGACACAGCCAGGAGUCAGAAGCAGCCAGUCUUAAAGAGUUCUUCAGAUUCUUCCACAUUGCCCCAGUUGGAGGAGUUCUACAUCUCUCUUAUCCAGUCACAGCAGUCAGCAGAAGGGGACCAGGUUGAGCCUAACGAUGUUCAGAAUCAGGAAAAGCAAAUUCAGCUGUCCACGGCAGCACUCAGUUCAGCUCCUACAGUGGUUGAUUCCCCAGAAAAUCACUCUAGUUCAGUGGAAAGCUCUCCAGGGAGCCUCAAGAAUGAAGAUUUUUCUAGUAGCCCUGCUAUUCCAGUGUUCAAAGACAAGAGUGAGGGAGCCAUGGGCCAGCUUUCUCUCAUUUUGUCUCCUCAGCACCAGAUUCCUCAGAAGCUCUACAUUCCUCGAAGUACAGCCACUGCUGCCUUAGGAGCUGCCGCGCGGUUGGCCACGUCCAGGAGCCUCCUGCACUGGUACCCCAGUGUGAAAAGGAUGGACGCCUGA